AUAGAGAAAAUGCCUUCGGAAUAAAGCAAAGGAGACUAACAGUACUUGCAGACUCUAUAAAUUUAGAGUGGUGGAGAAGAGGAGGAGAAGAGAGCAAAAACCAAAGCGACCAAAAAGACACCAACAAAGCAUAUAGGAAAAGGAAAGCUUGUUUUGAAGCUAAGGAUAAGAAAAGUGCCUGCCAGAAACUAACCUACCCCAAGUGAAAGAGAUUGAGUCAUCCUCUUCCUUCCUACACCCAAAACCCAAUUCCUUUUUUGCCUUUUUCUUUCUUUCUUUUUUACCACUUACCACCACCACCAAAGAAGAAUCCAGUCCCCUCUCAAAAGUUCAUCUAUGUAAGCAAUAUAUAUCAUAGCAAGGAAAUAUCGAGGGAUGCGUGGAAAGAAAGAAGAAGAUCAAGGGGAGUGUUCUCAAGCUAUCCAUAACAUACAGGGGUACCAAGAACAGUUAUUUAUGCAACAACACCAGCAGAUGCACCAUCAGCUGCAGCAGGGAAAUGAUUUAUUUGGGGGAACACGGGGAGGGUUGAUAUUCCCUGAAGUUUCUCCCAUCAUACCAUGGUCUCUCCCUCCGAUUCACAAUUUCAAUCCGUCCCACCACUUCAUUGGUAACCCUGUUCGAGACGAUGACCCUUUUCUAGUCCCUCCUCCGCCGUCCUCGUACGGUGCUUUAUUCAACAGAAGAGCUCCUGGCGUGCAGUUUGCAUACGAUGGGACAUCGGCUGAUCAUCUAAGGAUCUUAUCUGACACUUUAGGACCGAUGGUUCAACCAGGCUCGGCUCCUUUCGGGCUACAAGCCGAGUUGGGUAAGAUGACUGCUCAAGAAAUCAUGGAUGCUAAGGCUCUCGCAGCAUCCAAAAGUCACAGCGAAGCUGAAAGGAGAAGAAGAGAACGAAUCAACAAUCAUCUCGCCAAGCUACGCAGCUUACUCCCAAGCACCACGAAAACGGACAAAGCUUCAUUGCUUGCAGAAGUGAUCCAACAUGUUAAGGAGCUGAAGCGACAGACCUCUUUGAUAGCGGAAACGAGUCCGGUUCCGACCGAAAUCGAUGAACUUACGGUUGAUACAUCGGAAGAAGACGGUAAGUUCGUGGUCAAAGCUUCACUUUGCUGUGAAGAUAGGUCAGACCUCUUGCCCGAUCUAAUCAAGACAUUGAAAGCUUUACGUCUAAAAACACUAAAAGCCGAGAUCACAACGCUGGGUGGGCGUGUAAAGAACGUUCUGUUUAUUACCGGAGAGGAAGACUCGAGUAGUAGCGGUGAGCAGCAACAGCAGCAGCUGCAGUAUUGUAUUAGUUCAAUACAAGAAGCAUUGAAAGCGGUGAUGGAGAAGACGUCUGUGGAUGAGUCUUCUUCGGGGAAUGUUAAGAGACAAAGGACCAACAUCAGUAUUCUUGAACACAGGUCUCUUUAACUUACAAAAAAAAUACCUUUGAAUACGUACUAUUUUUUAAUCUACUAAGUAUUCAUGAUGGGGGUGUUCAUUUUUCUCUUUUGUUUUUUUCUUUCCAUUUCUGGGAGUGUUUUAAAUGUGUAUUUCCUGUCAGUGGACAAAAUAUAUAAUGAUGGUGUGGUUGGUUUGUAUACAUAAACAAUGGGUUCAAUUAUAAACAAGGAUUUGAAGGAAAUGGGGGUAAGGUCUGAUGGCAUGAUCAUUGAUGAGGUGGUUGUGCUUGGGGUUUUGGUUAUCGUAUGAUCAUCAAUGAUGCUGAUUGCAAUGGAGAGAAGAAUAGGCCAAAAAAAGAGUGGAGGAUCUUUUUCGUGGGAAGAGAAACCUUAUAUCAAAACCCAACAUAGAAAACGUGAACGUGAUUGCUGUGGUGAGUGGAACCAGCUUAGCUUGGAGUUGGGACAAAAAACAUGAAACUCCAUGUUCUGGUUUGGUUUGGUCUGGUCUGGUCUGGGGUUUUGUUUUGUAGCAAAAUCUAUCCAUCUCUCUCUUCAGAUUUGGUGGGAAUUUAUGAUCAUAUGCA